CACCAACCGCACUACUUAAGCUCUAGCCGCCCAACACCUGGCAUCCACCAUGUCCCUCCUCGCCCGCUCUGCCCUCCGCACCACCUCUGCCCGUAUCGCCCGCCCCUUUGCCCGGUCGUUCACAGCAACUGUCCCCAAAAUGACCCUCGACGCCAACCCUACCGCUAUCAUCCCCGCCGACGUCGUGCCCCUCACCGAGGAGCACAAGGCCGCCGUGCUCGCGACCGCGCCCGUCCUCGCCGAGCACGGCCUCACCGUCACCAAGCAGAUGUACAAGACCAUGCUGGGCAACAACCCCGCCCUGCGCGACAUCUUCUCGCACUCGGCGCAGACGACCGGCGUGCAGCCCCUCGCGCUCGCGCAGUCGGUGCACGGGUACGCAGCCAACAUCAACGACCUGUCGCCUCUUGUGCCCGUCGUCAUCCGUAUCGCCGAGAAGCACGCCGCGCUCGGCGUCAAGCCCGAGCACUACAAGACUGUCGCUGAGAACCUGAUCAAGGCGCUCCAGACCGUCCUCGGCGACGCGUUCACCCCCGAGCUCCAGACGGCAUGGUACCACGCGUACUGGGCGCUCGCCAAGAUCUUCAUCGAGGCCGAGGCCAACCUGUACUCGAUCGGCCACUGGCAGGGCUUCAAGGAGUUUGAGAUCGUCUCGCGCAACGACGAGUCGGGCACCAUCUCCUCGUUCGAGUUCGUCCCCAAGGACAAGAGCCAGCUCCCGCUCAAGAAGUACAAGCCGGGCCAGUUCGUCACCAUCCGCGUGUGGGUCGACGAGCUCGGCUGCUACCAGAACCGCCACUACUCGCUGUCCGACGCGCCCCAGGCGGACAAGUACCGCGUGAGCGUCAAGCGCGAGGACGCUCCCGCUGGCGUCGACGUCCCCGCGGGCCUCGUCUCGACCCGCGUCCACGUCCUCAAGGUCGGCGACACGAUCCAGGUGGCCUUCCCCGUCGGAUCCUUCGUCCUCCCCGAGGAGCUGCCCAAGAACGUCGUCCUCUUCUCCGGUGGCGUCGGCAUCACGCCCAACCUCUCCAUCCUCAACACGGUCACGCAGAACCCCGACGGCCCCGCCGUGUCGUGGAUCCAGGCUGUGCGUAACCCCGAAGAGCACGUCUUCAAGACGCACGUCGACAACCUCGUCAAGAGCUCGAACGGCAAGGUCCAGGCCCAGGCGUACUACUCCGAGGUCGACUCGGUCGAGGGCGAGGGCAUCCACAAGGGCUUUGUCGAUGUCGCCGCCCUCAGCGACGACGCGCUCGCCCUCGCCGACAAGGAGUCGCUCUACUACGUGUGCGGCCCUGGCCCCUUCAUGCACGCGGUUCAGAACGGCCUCGUUGCCCGCGGCGUUGACCCCAAGCGCAUCAACAUCGAGGCCUUCCACGCCGGUGAGGCGUAAAAUGUAUAUGUAGUAUGAAGUCUGUGUGUAUGCAUAUUGGGUAUCAAGG